ACCCACAACACACUGGGCACUCGGUGGCGCUUGAUCGCUUCCGGCCACAAGCUGUUAAGUUGCUCCUAUGUUAACUCGUCUGUGAUAUCUACAACACAGGUAAGCUGAUCGUUUUUGGGCUGGGGUACCACGCUAAAUAAUACCACUGUAAUAGUUAAGAUAAUAAUUGUAUUGACAUUAUUCACAAUGAGCACCGUAUAACAUGUCAUAAGGGGGAUAAUAGUUAGCGUUUUUUUUAUAAAAUAGGUUUUACCUCUUGUUUAGCGACUUCCACUCAUCUCUAUGUUAUAUGAUCCGUGAUGUUUCUUAAUAACACAAAUAAUAACAUGGUUUUGAUUAGAUUGAACUAUAUAUAUUUUAAGUCUGUUUAUAAUUUUGGCCCUGCCGUCAGUUAUUCAUUUUUUAUAAAACACAAUUUAAGUAACUAUACACAAAAAACUAUAGAUUACCUUAUAAACAUUAACAUAAAGGAUAAAUAUUCAAAUAAAUUUAUUUAACAGUUGAAGAAAUCGUCACAUAUUUAAAAUCGUAUCCUGAAAUUUGUUUGAAAGAAAUUUCGUCGACGGAAGAUUGGUCGAAUCUUUUUUUUUCACGUUUCACGUUAAAAUUUUGCAUCAAAUUUCUUCUUGAGCGCAUCAUUUUCUUUUACUAUAUAGCACACCGCGUUCAAAAAGAAAUUUGACGAACAUUUGAUCGUAGGAACUGAAACAAAAUUUAGACUAAAAUUCCGUUCGAUCAAAUUUCCGCCGAUCAAUUUUCCGUCAACAAAAUUUCUUUCAAACAAAUUUCCGGUAAACCUUUAAAAUAGUAAAAGCGUACGCAUAAAUGUCGUCCAAUAGGACUGGGUCUGUUACAAAAGAAAACAGUUUUACAUUAUAAAAAAACAAAAACUUUUUAUAGUUAAUAAACAUUUUUUGCUAUAUACUUCAUAAGGCAUUAAAACGGCUGGCUGCAGCUUUUAUUAUUGCUCACGGUGGUGCAAAAGUCUUAUUUGAAAAUUGUUUCUAUUAAUUAAUAUCCUUAUUUUUUUCCAUUUCUUAAGUGUGCUCAAGAAGAUUCAAACUCUUUGCACUUGUGAAUUGUGUGACGUCGUGGGUCCUGUAAUUCUCCCCCGGACACCUACCAUGUCCGUCAGGUCACACAGCCCUGGAAGAGACUCGUCGAACGGAAGUAGUCCAGGCCUUCAGGCUGUUUCCGGAAUCAGCAGGACACGUGGGCUUCCGGAAGAGUGGACGCUGCCACAGGAGUGGAACAUAGAGAAAAGGGAACCUUUUGAUGUGAGUAUAGAGAAUACGGAACCAUUUUGAUCUGCGUGUAGAGAGCGGGGAACAUCUUCAUGUAAGUAUGGAGAAUACGGAACCUUUUGAAGUGAGUGAGUCAUUGACGUGGAAAUGAUGUGGAGAUUUUAUUCCCUCAAUGAACCCCUCACCAAGUGCUGUUCGGUCAAUGAUAAAUGUAAAUCAGCGGUUCUCAACAUGUGGGUCCCGACCCCUUUGGGGGGUCGAACGAAGCUUUCCCAGGGGUCGCCGAAGACCAUCAGAAAACCCAUAUUCUGUACAGUUAUGAAGCAGCAACGAAAAUAAUGUUGUAGCUGGUGGUCGCCAAAACACGAGGCACUGUACUUAAGGAUCGCGGCAGUAGAAAGGUUGAGAACCACUGAUGUAAAUGAUAAACGUAAUGUCCCUAAAACAUAAAUGUAGGGGUAACAUUAAAAAAAAAAGUGUUGAGAUGAAAAGAUCAUUCAAUGACUUACGUUACGUAAAUCACAUUGCAAAAACUGCUUGAAUUUUUUUUAUCUGGUAUUGCUUAACAAAGUUUAUUAUCUGGUAUAGCUUAACAAAGUUUAUUAUCUGGUAUAGCUUAACAAAGUUUAUUAUCCGGUAUAGCUUAACAAAGUUUAUUAUCUGGUAUUGCUUAACAAAGUUUAUUAUCUGGUAUAGCUUAACAAAGUUUAUUAUCACUUUGAGCAAUGCGAGUAUUAAAAUGUCAUAAGUCAGAGAUACAUUUUGUAAAUGUAAUAAAUCAAAGAUAACUAUUAAAAUGUCAAUAAAUCAAAGAUACCUAUUAAAAUGUCAAUAAAUCAAAGAUACCUAUUAAAAUGUCAAUAAAUCAAAGAUACCUAUUAAAAUGUCAUAAAUCAAAACAAAAACACAGGAGUUCAAAAAUGAAUUUUGCGAAGAUCCCCCAAAUGAUGAAUGAGUCAAUGGGGGGGGGGUACCAGGGUCAGGGGGGCACAUAAGUGGGUUAGUGCCCAUAGACGGGUUAGGGACACAUAGUUUGUUUAAAGGGCAUAAAGUUAAAUAUACAUAUAAAAGAGUAUAAUAGUUGGGUCUGGAAAGAUUUACAUGUGUUAAGAGACAGAAGCUUGGUUCAGGAGGGAAAUACAUUGGUAUUGUCACGGUCAGAUCGCGUGAGUUCUCUGGAUCAGCUAAUUUGACCAAUCGUGGGUGAGUUUCUUUUUCCCGUGUGCCACACGAGUUUUAUUUUUCUCGGUCAGGUGUGCCCGGUGUGCUGUGUCGGGAGUAACCACGUGAUGAUAGGAGUGUCUAAAAAGGGGAGAUGAGUUUCAGAGAGCGUGACAGUGGCGAACGCGAUGGAUUGGAUGUGAGGACCUUAGUUUAUUGAGGGAGAUUUUUCUAUGGAUGGCAGAGGACUUCUGUAACUAUAUUUUUUAUAUUAUGUGCAGCUUUUUUUCUGGACACAAAUUUUGUAUUCUGAAAACAAGCGGAUGUUUACUAUGCAUUUGUCCACUGUCAGGAAGAUGGAGGCAAUAAAUCAUAUGAACCCUGAAGCCUUGCAUCGUUGGUUUUAAUAAAUACUUGGACUAUUCAGCACAGCAGCUCUGUAGGGGCUAGACAACAGGGGUUCUAGACCCUUGAAAAUUGUUCUGUGGCUAGUACGCAGGGGACUGACCCCUAGACAACGUACGUCACGCCAAGUAGCGGUGGGUCAAAGUGCACUCUUCUGGGUCAAAGGUCACAUUAGGUGGGUCAAAGGGCACAUAGUUGGGUCACGUGUUAUAUUGAAACGUAUGAGCCUUGACUCCGUUACGGAGCAGUCAAGACGGACUUAAUUAAUGUCUGCAUUGAGAAGGUUCCAAUGGUAGCCUGGGAAAGUAGCGUGAAUAUUCAAAACUUCUUCAGUGUGUUUGUAAUGUUGAGACGCAAGUGCACCGUAUGAAGACGUACACCCCCGCCCCCAAAGUAGUAAUCAAUAAAUCCUAACCAAGACGCUGGGUGCGAUUGCCACAGUUAAAGAAAUUUAGUUUUUUUUCUUUUUUUUUUUGAAAUUCUUCAAGCCUUGAUAUCACAAAAUUAUCCUUUUCUAUAUAAAUAACAAGUUUUAAUUGUUUCAUUCUUGACCACAAUGAAUGAGGUGGACUGUCAUAUUAAGAGGUGUUAACUAUAUUAGCUAUUAACUUAUCCUUUUUCAUUUUAAGAAGCGACAUUACUUAAAUACAAGAGAGUGGCACUGUUAAGCCAGCACAGUGAACGUCUAUCCGGUAACCUACCACCAGAAAUGACCCACCAGAAAUGACCCACCAGAAAUGACCCACCAGAAAUGACCCACCAGAAAUGACCCACCAGAAAUGACCCACCAGAAAUGACCCACCAGAAAUGACCCAUUUUAUGUUCAUUUCAUGGAAUAAAAACAAAACAACUACAUUUGUAUUCUUUUAACUCUCUUCAGCUUUUGCCGUCAUCGUUCUUCAGUUUUGAUCAUAAGUUAAUUAAGUGCUUCAUAGUCAUUGUAUGUAUUUUGGUUUCAAUUUUGUUAGUUAGUCCUGUCUAAUCGAGUGUAUACAUAAUAAUUAUAGAGAUUUUACUCAAUGAUGUAAUGAAAUCAGUUGGGAGUUGGGAGUUAGAAGAAAACCCCAUAUUUUAACAUCCAAUUAUAUAGUGUAUGAAGGGAGAUAACCAAGGUAAUAAGUAGACUGUUUUAUUCCGACCUAAUGAUCGACUCUUGCUUAAUAUCUGGUUGUUGGUGAAUUUUCAUUAAAUGACAUAUCAUAUCUGCAAGGCAUGAUUACACAUGCCACCAAGGCAUUCUAGUUUCAAAAAAGGUUACACAUAUUAUUAGAAAAAAGCAAAAAAAAGUUGUUUGUUUCCUCACAAAGUCUGGUUUUCCAGUGGUUAAACACUCACUUCCAGGAAAUUUUACAACUUCCGCAAUUGAACAUGUGAUCGAUAAACUUUCCUUGACUUAUUUUGGACAGAAUUGGAAAAAAGAUGUACAGAGCCAAAUCACUAAUAUCUCAAGAUCUGUAGUAAGUUUGUUUGUUGUUUUUUUUUUAUUAAUAAGAGGGGAGUUUUAUUUUAAUUUUGUUAAAAAAAAAAGUGUUCUUCUAAAUCUGUUAAGAUUAAUCUCUUGACUAACGUGUGAAGUUUUGAGUCAUCAAUUUUAAUUUUACCUGCUUCUUGACAGGUUAAAAUCAGACGCUACGAUACCACAAUAUAAUUUAUCACGGAGUCUACCUUCAUAAACUAAAAUAUGAUAGAAACGAAUUUUGAGACACAGAAUAGGGAAAACUAAGUUUUCAUAUUUUAAUUUUGUUAGGUGAAAUUAAUUUUUAAAAUACCUAGUCUAAUCUCUGCUGGUUGCUUUAUUUGAAUAUGAACUGUUUUAGGGUACUUUUUAAAAUACUUUUUGGCAUUGGAAAAAAAAUUACAGUUUAUAGUUUAUAAUUUUCACAAAAACCAGUAAGCUAUUUCCCAAGAAAAUGUUUGUUUGUUCUCAGAAAGUCUCAGAAAUGCAUUGAGACAAUUAAAAAUUAUUUUACCUUUUUUUCGACGGAAGCAAUAUUGUUUCAGGCUAAUGAAUUAUUAUUCAAAUAAAUAUUGAAUAAGCACAUGUUUAUGCACAAUGAAUAUUACAAAAGACAAAUUUUAUUUUUACAACCCUUUUAACUUUUUAGAAAUAGGAGUAACGCUAGCAAAAUUUAAUGCAUUUUAUAUAAAUUUUAAAAAAAAACUUUAUUAAUAUUAAUUUUAUUCAUAUUUCCUAUAGAUUUUAGGGAUAAGAUGGGUCCGCUAGUAAUUAACUUGAUGUUGGCUUUUGUAGUCUCUGCUUUGAUCUGCGCUGUUUCGACUAAUUUUAAAUUUAACAUUUAAAGUUGUUUUUUUUUUUAAAUUUCUCACGCACACAUCAUCUUACUUCUUAAAAUUAAUUGCAUGUGAAACAGACUCGCUCUCUUGAAAUGUAUCCUCACCCGGAUGUUGGCUCAGGGCUAUCCAGUGGAUACCGCCAUCACAAUGGCAGCAAGACAGGCGCUCCCUACAGCUACUAAGAAUAAGCUUGAACAAUAUAUUAUGACUUGAUGUUGAAAGCAAGUGAGCGCUCAAGUAAACAUUGAGCAACGACAACUGGUUGCAUGAGGUGCAUGGAGUUCAUUCUUGAUAUAACGUCUCUCAAUGGUGAAUAAUUUAACUUUGGAUAAGAAUGCAAAGCGGAAAUAAAACAGUUCAAAAAAAAAAUUGAUGACUAUCCAUUUGAUUUUGAAGAAAAAAAAAAAUCUGCACCAAAAUCAUUUUUUUUAUAUACAUAUAUUAAACAUAUAUUAAACAUAUAUUAAACAUAUAUUAAACAUAUAUUAAACAUAUAUUAAACAUAUAUUAAACAUAUA